AUGGUUACCCAGUAUCAACAACAACAAAACCUGCCGCCCACGGCCACCGUCGCCUUCCUCUCUUCACAGAAGAAAGACGAGAAAUUGGACGAGUCAUGCCAAACACUCAAUUCACUGGUAUCUGCCCCACUCCCUGCAGAAGAGACAUCAUUCUCAGAAGAAGCCGUUUCGGAUCAACGUCCCGAGGGCGGACCUCUGGCUUGGCUUCACGUUGUUGGAGGUUUUCUGCUUUUCUUCAACUCCUGGGGGAUCUUAAACACCUUAGGCGUUUUCCAAACAUAUUAUGAAUCGGGUGCUCUCUUCACCACCUCCUCCUCAACCAUUUCAUGGAUCGGCGCUGUGCAGGCGUUCCUCCUUCUGCUUGUUGGCUUGCUUGUGGCCCCCAUCUAUGACAGAGGCUACCUCCGACUUCUUCUCGCUGUUGGCUUGUUUGGUGUCAUCUUUGGACAUAUGAUGUUGAGUAUCUGCACAGAGUAUUGGCAAGUUAUGCUCUCUCAGGGCUUCUGUAUCGGCAUUGGAGCAGGCUGUCUUUUUGUCCCGUGCAUCUCCAUUUUGCCUACGUACUUCAGCUCCAAACUUGGUCUCACGGUCGGAUUGGCUUCGUCUGGGUCUUCUGUUGGCGGUGUUAUAUAUCCUAUCGUCUUGAAUGAGCUCUUGAAUCGCAUUGGCUUUGCCUGGUCGGUUCGGGUGUUAGGUUUCAUUGCGCUUGUCACAUUGCUUGUUCCACUAUCCGUGAUGCGGAUGCGUGCACCACCACAGAGACUCCGAGCCUUCAUCGACUGGUAUGUUUUUGUCUCCCUCCCGGCAGUCUACUUUGUGCAGCUAACGCGAGACAAAAACAUGCUUGGCACUCGCAUCGGUAUGGGUUGUAGCAUGAUGGCCUUUGGUUUGUUGGCCGGCGCCCCUGGUGCGGGCGCCAUCUUGGGCACUACAGAGCCGCUUCGAUGGUCAGGAGUGUGGCUGUAUUGUGGCCUGGCUUGCUUUUCAUCGGGUUUGAUGUAUUUCGUGCUACGCUUCUAUAUCUGGGUUCAAACUUAUAGUAGAGGUUUAGAGCAUAGCUCCAACAGAGAACAGUAAGAUUGUUCCGGUUUGAAAUGGUUUACGCUCUUCAAGAGUAAUAUACCAAAGAAAUUUCUGUUCAAGCUUUUGCAAGGUCUCCCAUCUCAUUGUCGUUCAAUAACGUUAAUGCUCAUUGCGACUCGCCGUGAAAGAAGCUUUACAGUUGUUACCGAGAUUGCUCGCUGAAUAGAUCAAAUCCUAA